GAUUUAUUUGGUCAGAAUAUUAACUUGUUCCUUCCUCUACACCCUGCCUCUGUUUUAAGGUAAGUGAAACUGAAAUGUGGUGAACUACGAGAGCUGACAGGCUACACAAAUAACAGAGUUUGGAUCUUGGUACAACUUUUGUCAGUUUAAGGGAAACUGGCCAUCGCUUCAGGGAGGUGAAAUGGCACAGAAAGGAGUUCAGCUGGACCAGGAAACAAUUUGCUGUUCGAUCUGUCUGGAUCUACUGAAGGAUCCGGUGACUAUUCCCUGUGGACACAGCUACUGCAUGAACUGUAUUAAAAGCUUCUGGGAUGAAGAGGAUGAGAAGAAAAUCCACAGCUGCCCUCAGUGUAGGCAGACCUUCACACCGAGGCCUGUCCUGGUGAAAAACACCAUGUUAGCAGCUUUGGUGGAGGAGCUGAAGAAAACUGGACUCCAAGCUGCUCCUGCUGAUCACUGCUAUGCUGGACCUGAAGAUGUGGCCUGUGAUGUCUGCACUGGGAGAAAACUGAAAGCUCUGAAAUCCUGUUUGGUGUGUCUGGCAUCUUACUGUGAGACACACCUACAGCCCCAUUAUGACGCAGCUCCAUUAAAGAAACACAAGCUGGUGGACCCCUCCGAGAAGCUCCAGGAGAACAUCUGCUCUCGUCAUGAUGAGGUGAUGAAGAUGUUCUGCCGCACUGAUCAGCAGUGUAUCUGUUAUCUCUGCUCUGUGGAUGAACAUAAAGGCCACGACACAGUCUCAGCUGCUGCAGAAAGGACUGAGAGGCAGAGAGAGCUGGAGCUGAGUCGACAACAAAUCCAGCAGAGAAUCCAGGACAGAGAGAGAGAUGUGAAGGUGCUUCAACAGGAGGCGGAGGCCAUCAAUCGCUCUGCUGAUAAAGCAGUGGAGGACAGUGAGAAGAUCUUCACUGAGCUGAUCCGUCUCAUCGAGAAAAGAAGCUCUGGUGUGAAGCAGCAGAUCAGAUCCCAGCAGAAAACUGAAGUCAGUCGUGCCAAAGAGUUUCAGGAGAAGCUGGAGCAGGAGAUCAAUGAGCUGAAGAGGAAAGACGCUGAGCUGAAGCAGCUCUCACACAUAGAGGAUCACAACCAGUUUCUACACAACUACCUCUCAUUGUCAGGACUCAGUCAAUCUACAGACUCAUCCAGCAUCAAUAUCCGUCCUCUGAGGUACUUUGAAGAUGUGACAGCAGCUGUGUCAGAGGUCAGAGAUAAACUACAGGACAUUCUGACUGAGAAAUGGACAAACAUCUUAAUGACAGUGACUGAAGUGGAUGUUUUGCUGCCACAACCAGAGCCCAAGACCAGAGCUGAAUUCUUAAAAUAUUCACAGGAAAUCACACUGGAUCCAAACACAGCACACACAGGUCUGUUAUUAUCUGAGGGAAACAGAAAAGCAACAUUAAUGAAACAACAUCAGUCUUAUCCUAGUCACCCAGACAGAUUCACUACAUGUUCUCAGGUCCUGAGUAGAGAGAGUCUGAUUGGACGUUGUUACUGGGAGGUGGAGUGGAGAAGAAGAGUUUAUGUAGCAGUCGCAUACAAGAAUAUCAGUGGAGCAGAAAGAUUGGAUGAAUGUGUAUUUGGACUAAAUAACAAAUCUUGGACAUUAAACUGUGACCACAUGGGUUAUACGUUCUGGUAUAACAGCAUCAAGACUCCAGUCUCAGGUCCUCAGUCCUCCAGAGUAGGAGUGUACCUGGAUCACAGUGAAGGUAUUCUGUCCUUCUACAGUGUCUCUGAAACCAUGACUCUCCUACACAGAGUCCAGACCACAUUCACUCAGCCUCUCUAUGCUGGACUAGGGCUUUACUGGUACGAUGGAGACACAGCUGAGUUCUGUGGACUCAAAUAG